GCUGUCUGUUGUUAUGUAGCUGCUUCAAAGCUAGUCGAAGUUAAUGUAAAAUAUACAGUAAAUAACAAAAAAUAGUAUCAUAAUAAGUUUUAAAUUGCGUAUUUAUCUGUUACGGAGUUUUGGUUACAAUAUAAUGUCUAGUUGGACUGAAAAUAACUUUAGAGGUAACAUGCUCGACCGUGAGCUAGGUUAGCCGGCGGUAGCACAGAUUAAAAACUAGUCCAGCUCUAAAAUUAAAAUCAGUUUCUCUUCAGAUUGAAGCAAUGUUAGGGUUUCUGACAGCAAGGCAGGCUGGACUGGAUGACCCUCUGCGACUGCGACGUGCAGAGUCAACGAGAAGGGUCCUCGGUCUGCAGCUGAAUCCUGACAGAGAUGUAGACCGAAUCCAUGGAAAUGGCAUCAACACCAUUGACAUUGACGCAAUAGAGGGCAGAUACAUGUUGUCUGGAGGUGCAGAUGGAGUGAUCGUUGUCUAUGACCUGGAGAACUACAGUGGGAAAUCACAGUACACCUGCAAGGCAGUCUGCACAGUAGGCAGGUCUAGCCGGUAUGUCCACAAAUUCAGUGUAGAGACAGUUCAGUGGUAUCCUUAUGACACAGGCAUGUUCGUCUCCAGUUCCUUCGAUAAGACCAUGAAGGUCUGGGACACUGAGACACUGAAGCCUGCUGAAGUCUUUGAGUUUGAGGGCAAUGUCUACAGCCACCACCUGUCCCCCAUCGCCAGGAAGCACAGUCUCAUUGCAGUUGGCACCAAAAACCCUAAAAUCCAGCUGUGUGACCUGAAGUCUGGUUCGCGGAGUCACGUUCUUCAGGGUCACAGAGCAGAGGUCUUGUCUGUGCGUUGGUCGCCCAGAUAUGAGCACAUCUUAGCCACUGCCAGUGCAGACAGCAAGGUGAAAGUAUGGGAUGUGCGUCGGGCUUCUGGUAGUCUCUUCACUCUGGACCAGCACAAUGGGGACAAGUCGAAGGCCUCCUCUGAGGCAGUAAACACGGCCCAUAAUGGCAGAGCGAAUGGCUUGUGCUUCACUGGUGAUGGCCUCUACCUCCUCACAACUGGGACUGAUGAUCGUAUGAGACUAUGGAAUAGUGCCACUGGGGAGAACACACUGGUGAAUUACGGGAAGGUCUGCAAUGAGAGUCGUAAAAGGCUACAGUUCACGGUGUCACGUGGCUGCAGCCCAGAGUUUGUGUUUGUGCCAUGCGGCAGCUCCGUCGCUGUGUAUGCCCUCCACACUGGAGAGCUGGUCACUAUGCUCAGGGGUCAUUACAACAAUGUGGACUGCUGCGAGUUUCACCCAGACUACCAGGAGCUGUAUAGCGGAGGUAAAGACUGUAACAUCCUGGCGUGGGUUCCUGUCCUUCGUGCCUCAGAUGUGGAAGAAGACUCAAACAGUGCAAAUAAGGGUGCUGCUGGCCAGUCUUCAGUAAACCCUGCCUUUCAGGACACAUGGAGCAGUGAUGAAGAUUAAUGCUGGCGUUUUGUAUGUGUGGUAAAAGUGGACAUACUGUUGACUGAGAAUGCAAAUGAGCACACAUCCUUCACAAUUCACUUGUCAAAAAAUGGCAGGUCCAGGGACACCUGUGAAGUUAAUUACAGGUUUAGGGAAAUUUGUCCUGUUUCAUCAUUGCCAACAAAGGAGAAGGCCUUAAAAUUAAAAUGAUUUGUGUAAAUAAUUGUCCAACUUUAUUAGUAUGCAAAAUGUUAUACAUAAUUUUUGUUUUUGUAUAUUUCAUGUACCAUUUUUAUUGUUGUUUUAAGUUUUUUAUUUGAAUGUAAAGUCAGCAUGGUCCUUGGUUAUACUCGUGGGGGAUAACCGCCAUUGUUUAUGCAAAGUAUAUACUGUAACCCACUUGUUAUGAUGCUGACACUAUAUCAGGUUUAUACAUUCUGUAAUGGGUAUGGAAGAUUUUGGUUAAAGGGACAUUAUAGGGGCCAUAGAGAGAGCUUUUUAAACAGGUGUGGUGCCAUUCUUUUAGUUUAUGUGUUUCUGCAGCUUAGUUGAGAAGACACUGCACAACCCUCCCAUGGGAGUAACCAGGCAUUCAAAAACACAAUGUUGUUGUCAUUCUUGGGAAAAUUUGCAUUUGUUUAUAAGUUCUGCUGUCAGCCCUUGCUGAAUGUAGUUGACAGUAGUAUGAUACUGAAAGCUCUUUCUCUGUCCCCACCCCUCUCACAGUUUUACAUAUUGGCUUUGUUGCCUUGUAAACACUUGAAACUUACAUGAGGUUUCAUUCUGACCGCCGCCACCCCCCCCCAAAAAAGUGAUCACCAUUGUUAUCCUUUUGAUAACAUCAUCAUCAUCAUUCUUUCUUUCUUCUUUCAAUUCAGUUAUUUUGUAUAUGAAAACUUUAUUUAUAUCCAGGAUUCUGUUCCAGUCUCUGUCCUCGUACCUCAAUUCUGUUUUCCCCACACUACCUGAAGUGUCUUGAAUUGUACAGGUUUUUUUUUUUUUUAAUCGUUUGUCUGCUGUCUUAUAAUAAAUUCGCUGGGAAGGCUACCUUA